AUGACUACACCUGCUGUGCCUAUACUUAAGAACCUAUAUACGCAUCGUACCGCAACAACAGAGCGACCAUGCUUUGUGUGCAAUAAAUAUACGAAUGCAGUUUUAACCACAGAUAAUGGGUUAGAUUGGUUUUAUACUUGCACUAGUCACUUGGAUGAUCGUGGAUUCGCUACGGCAUUUCCUGAACCGGAAAAAAUUCCUCCAACACCACCGAAAUCAAAAGAAAAAAAGGAUCCUACCAAAAAAGAAAAAAACGAAGACAAGACAGCUAAAAACGAAAAAGAUUCCAAAGAUUCGACAAAGACUAAAGACGAGAAAGAUGAAAAGAAUAAAGAUGAAAAGGAUACGGAUGGAAAGAAUAAGGAUGAAAAGAAUAAAGUUGAAAAAAGCAAAGAUAAAAAGGAAACGGAUAAGGAACAACCACCACCUAUUCCAUCACCACCUAAGCCGAAACAGUAUAUUUUACAUAGAGAUAUAUUUUAUUUGCGAGAAUCCAAUCUUAACAAAAAACGUCGAGAAAAAAAAGUACAAAACUUGUUGGAACAACUUCCUAGUGUUCCAAAAACAUCUUUACAAUAA